CACGCAUGCGUAGGACAAGCUGUCUGGGCAUGCGCUCCACUCUGGGCUCUGCCCCUCCACUACCCCGCUAUGGCAGAGGAGGUUCCUGCGCUCCAGUUUCGGCCGGUUACACACUUGAUAUUUGACAUGGAUGGAUUGCUUCUGAAUACUGAAGAUUUAUAUACCGAGGUGAUUCAAGAAAUAUGUGAUCGCUAUGGGAAGAAAUACACCUGGGAUGUCAAGUCCCAGGUCCUGGGGAAGAAGGCCCCGGAGACCGCAGAGAUCAUAGUACAGUCCCUGCAGCUGCCCAUAGCCAAAGAUGAACUACUGGAGCAAAGCCAAGCGAAGCUGAAGGGGGUGCUGCCCACAGCUUCCCUCAUGCCAGGAGCUAAUGAUUUGAUCCACCACCUGCAGAAAAAGCACCUACCCUUUGCCCUGGCCACCAGCUCCGCGUCCUUCACCUUCCAAAUGAAGACCAGUAGACACAAGGAGUUCUUUGGUUUGUUCCAUCACGUCGUUCUGGGAGAUGAUCCCAAGGUAGCGAAGGGCAAGCCAGCCCCAGACAUAUUUCUUACCUGUGCCAAGAGGUUCUCUCCUCCCCCGGCUCCAGAAAACUGCCUCGUCUUUGAAAAUUCUCCAAAUGGUGUGGAGGCAGCCGUGGCCUGUGGGAUGCAGGUGGUCAUGGUUCCUGAUAAACACUUGAGCACCGACCUGACGAAAAAAGCCACCCUGGUGCUGGGUUCCCUACAGGACUUCCAGCCUCAGCUGUUUGGUCUGCCUGCCUAUGACUGAGGGUAAAGGGUGAACAUGCCACUGUGGGCCUCGUGGAACUCAAGACUGGUUUAUGACCCUCAUGGCUGAGGGGAAAAGUUAGAAAAAGCAGCAGCAUCCAGAUUGUAACCUUCAUAGUCCCUGCAGGCUAUAAAGUUGGCCGUUCCAUUAUUUACCUGGCCUCCUCUGUGAUUUGUUCCCGGUUUGACAAUGAAGAGAAAGCGAGAGAGAACCCAGGCAGUUACCAUCUAAAAUAAAGCCGACUGGAUAUGCAACAAAGGGAAUGUGCGUGCAUGGAUAUACACGUGAAUAUACCCACUGUGUGAUUGCACAUGUGUAUGUUCACGGAUAUAUAUGCGUAUAUGUACAUUAUAUCAUUUUCCCAAAUAAAAUAAAAAUCACACUUAAUGUUU